UGAUCUGUAAGAGCUUUAAAGAGCGUGCUAUUGAUAUGUGUCGUUAUAAAAAGGCGAUAAUCGACAGAAAGAGAUUUUUAUGAGCAUUAGAUAAUUGUUGGACACACAAAGCACUUGACUCAUGUUAUGAUAGAUAGAAGAGCCACUGCCACACAUGCGCUCUGCAGCUACUUCCGUUUUGUAUUGCGUAUUGUUGUUUUGACAAGAGCUCGCAGACCGGGCAUAUGCUUCUAAAAUAACAACAACAUACUUUGUGGGUGUCAUAAUCGCUCAGAAAGUAAGCGGCAAGUGGAACGGAGAGGAAGAAAGAUGAGCGCACGCGACGUCUCUAUCCAGAUGUUGCGCACAAUUAUCAUAUCAGCAGCACAUCAUUUACAGUUAAGUGGAAAAACAGAUUGAGCCAAUCGAACGCAAAGCCGAAGUCGCAAAGUCGCUUUAAUAAGACGUUUCGUGAGCUCGCGAGCGUUCAGUAUUAAUUAGUGAGUGCAAGCGUAAGGAUCAACAACAUGAAGAACUCCAGCUCCAACUCGAAUUCUGAUUUAUCAUCAUACUACUGUUUAAACGUCACCAAGUGCUGGACAAGCGAAGGCUAUGUGGAAUACAAUUGCAACUACGGUCAAAGUCAUGGGCCUAAUUAUGCUGUAGAAGCCGCCUGGUCAAAUGAGGCUGCCAACUACGAUUGGGAUGCAGUGCAGUUGGCAGCCAGUUUGGAGACAGCAGCAACCGGAAUACAGGACAACGCCAAAACGACAUUGCAAUCACAUCGCAAGGAGCGGACAGCUUUUACCAAAGCGCAGCUAAAGCAGCUGGAAGCGGAGUUCUGUUAUUCCAACUAUUUGACACGCCUGCGUCGCUAUGAAAUUGCUGUGGCCUUGGAGCUGAGCGAACGUCAGGUGAAGGUCUGGUUCCAGAAUCGUCGCAUGAAGUGCAAACGCAUCAAACUCGAGACGACAAAGUCACAAUAGUUUACGAUUUACAAAUGUUUAAUGUCUUAAUGUAAGAGAAUAUAUAUAUAAUUACUUCUUCUUUAGCUUCUUGCCCACUUUCUGCAGCGGUUUGGCCAAUUGCUUGGCUGCCGCAAGUUUCAGCGGUUGUGUGGCAGCCUUUUUUAUUCACUUUAGCAGCGGGGGCAGAAGCCUUCUUUUUUUGCACGCCACCCGAGCCGGGUUUGCGCUUGAGCAGAUCACUCAAACGCUCCUCGGCCGUAUUUUUCUUUUUCUUUUGCGACUUUUUGGGUGGCGGCGAUGCCACUUCUU